AUGGCCGCCGACCAAGCUCGACUCGACCCUGUCCAGCUCGAGGACAUCGAGGGACACGACCGUGUUCCUGAAUUGCUCGGUACCACCCACAUAGCUGCCGCAUAUGGCAAUGCCGCCUAUCAUAACCAUAUCCACCCCCACCCUUCCUCUGACGACGUCCCCAGUGAAACUUCGCAUCCCGAGUACCAUGGUGCUCCGCUCACCCGGCAGCAGUCCACCAGCUCGCACGUCAGCAUAGACCGCUUCGACCCGGAGGGUGUCGCCCAGCUCCGUCGCACGCUCUCAAGACAGUCACAGACACAUGCGGAGCCCCACAUCGAUUCAGAGAAACCUUCGCGGGGAUUUGGAACGCAGCAGAGCACCAAUUCUGUCCUGACCGAGGACACACUGGCGUCGCCGGACGGUCCCUUUGAUUUCGAGAAGACGCUCCGUGGUCUUCUCAGAAAGAUCGACGACUCGGACAUCAAGCGGAGGGAGCUCGGAGUUGCCUUCAAAGAUCUUCGAGUUGUUGGCGUCGGGGCCGCGUCCAGCUAUCAGUCGACAUUCGGGUCAACAGUCAACCCACUCAAUGCGAUCCGUGAGCUACGGGAUGCGUUGCAUCCUGCUACCCGGGAUAUCCUCAGCGGAUUCGAGGGCGUUGUGCGACCUGGAGAGAUGUUGCUCGUUCUCGGGCGCCCCGGUGCAGGAUGCAGUACGCUCCUCAAAACUCUCGCUAACGAGCGUGACGAGUUCCACGGUGUCCACGGAAGUGUGUGGUACGACUCGCUCACUCCAGAAGAGAUCGAGAAGAGCUACCGCGGAGACGUCCAGUAUUGCCCGGAGGACGAUGUGCACUUCGCGACGCUCACCGUCGACCAGACGCUUCGCUUUGCCGCCACCACCCGGACGCCCCACACGCGCUUCGACAACCUGCCUCGAGAGGAACAUGUAGCGCACAUUGUCGAGACGAUCGAGACCGUCUUCGGUCUACGGCACGUGAAGAACACGCUUGUCGGGGACGCGUCUAUCCGCGGUGUCUCUGGCGGUGAGAAGAAGCGUGUCUCGAUCGGCGAGGCGUUGGUCGCUCGUUCCCUCCUGAACUCAUGGGACAAUUCCACGCGUGGUCUUGAUGCUUCGACCGCCCUCGAGUUCGUGGAAGCUCUCCGGAUAGCCACUGACGUCUUCCGUCAGUCGACCAUCGUUGCGAUCUACCAGGCCGGGGAGCAGCUCUACGAGCACUUCGACAAGGUCUGCGUGAUCUACGAGGGCCGGCAGGUGUACAUGGGCCCUGCAAAUCAGGCGCGCCAGUACUUCAUUGACAUGGGUUUCGAGCCCGCCAACCGUCAGACGACUGCUGACUUCCUCGUUGCCGUCACCGAUCCCAACGGACGCAUCGUGCGCGAGGGCUACGAGCACCGCGUCCCUCGCACGGCCGACGAGUUUGCCGAGCACUUCCGCAAGUCGCAGCUCGGGCGCGGCAACAGCGAGGACGUCGACGCGUACGUCGCCGAGUACACCGGGAAGCCGGAGCGCGUCGCGCACUACAAGUCGAGCGCGAAGCUCGAGUACGCGCGUCACACGCGCCCGGGCAGCCCGUACAUCGCGUCGAUCCCGAUGCAGGCGCGCGCGCUCAUGCGCCGCCGCGUGCAGAUCCUCGGCGGCGGGAUCGCCGCGCAGGUCGUGCAGAUUGUCUCGUUCGUGCUCCAGGCGGUCAUCGUCGGCACGACGUUCCUGCGGCUCAAGGCGAACACGUCCGCGUACUUCUCAAGGGGUGGUGUGCUGUUCUUCUCGCUGAUGUUCGCGGCGCUGUCGACGAUGGCGGAGAUCCCGGCGCUGUUCGCGCAGCGGCCGAUCGUCCACCGGCAGUCGAGGGCGGCGAUGUACCACCCGUUCGUGGAGGGCCUCGCGCUCACGCUCGUGGACGUGCCCAUUACGUUCGUCACGCAGUCCGUGUUCGCUAUUGUGCUCUAUUUCUUGGUCGGGUUGCAGCAACAGGCCGACAAGUUUUUCAUUUUCUUGCUAUUCACCUUCGCUGCGACAAUCACGAUGAAGAGCUGGUUCCGCAUGAUCGCUGCGGCAUUCAAGAGCCCCGCGCCUGCUACGACCGUCGCCGGUUUCAGCACUUUCAUUCUGGUUCUCUACACCGGUUAUUCGCUGCCCCAACCGUAUAUGAUUGGAGCGUUGAAGUGGAUCACUUGGAUCAACCCUAUUCACUACGGCUUCGAGGGCCUGAUCACGAACGAGUUCCACGGCCUCGACGGGACCUGCGCCAACCUCGUCCCACAGGGCCCUGGGUACGAGAACGUCGCGCUCGCAAACCAAGUCUGCACGACCGUCGGCUCUACGCCUGGUUCCUUGAUUGUCAGAGGCGACGCCUACGUCCAGGCGUCGUUCGACUACAGCUACAGCCACAUCUGGCGCAACUUCGGCAUCAUCUGCGCGUUCGGCCUCUUCUUCAUCUGCGUCCUGCUCUACCUGUACGAGGUCAACCAGACAUUGGAGGGCCAGUCGACUGUGACCCUCUUCAAGCGUGGCUCAAAGUCCGACGUCGUGCGUGCCGCUGAGCAGGAUACGGCGUCCGACGAGGAGAAGGGUCGCGGUCGCGGGGCUCCUGCGCAUCCGGACGAGGCGGACAACGGCCUGCACGGCGCAGACCUCAAGGACGCUAUGCCGGAAGUUCAUGAGACGUUCUCGUUCCACCAUCUCAAUUACACUGUGCCCGUUGGUGGAGGCAAGACGAGGCAGCUGCUGGACGAUGUUUCCGGAUACGCUCCUCCCGGCAGGCUGACGGCGCUGAUGGGCGAGUCCGGCGCCGGAAAGACUACCUUGCUCAAUGUCCUCGCCGAGCGGACUACGAGCGGUGUCGUGACCGGAAACCGCUACAUGAACGGCCACCCUCUCCCUCCGGACUUCCAGGCGCACACCGGCUAUUGUCAGCAGAUGGACACACACUUGCCUAGCGCUACCGUACGCGAGGCGCUUCUGUUUUCCGCACAGCUCCGUCAGCCUCCCGAGGUCCCGCUCGAAGAGAAGAAGGCUUAUGUGGAGAAGGUCCUUGGCCUGUGCGGCCUCGCGGCGUACGGUGACGCUAUCGUCGGUUCGCUCGGGGUCGAGCACCGCAAGCGUACCACCAUCGCUGUCGAACUCGUCGCGAAGCCGUCUCUCAUCUUCUUGGACGAGCCGACCUCCGGUCUUGACUCGCAGAGUGCCUGGGCGAUCGUCAGCUUCCUUCGUGACCUCGCCGACAGCGGCCAGGCGAUCAUCUGCACCAUCCACCAGCCGUCCGCCGAGCUGUUCCAGGUGUUCGACCGUCUCCUGCUCCUCCGCAAGGGCGGCCAGACCGUCUACUUUGGCGACAUCGGUCCACGGUCCACGACGAUGAUCGAGUACUUCGAGCGCAACGGCGCACGCAAGUGCUCCGAUACCGAGAACCCGGCAGAGUACAUCCUCGAGGCUAUUGGUGCUGGAGCAACGGCGACUACCGAUGUUGAUUGGCACGAUACCUGGCUCAAGUCGCCCGAGUCGGAGAAGGUGCAGGCCGAGCUCGAGCGCAUCCACACCGAGGGCCGCCAGAAGCCCCCAGUGCAGGCGCGCCUGAAGAAGGAGUACCCGACUGCGUGGACCUACCAGUUGGUGCUGCUGCUCAAGCGCAACGGCGAAGCGUACUGGCGUGACCCGGUCUACCUCAUCGCGAAGCUCGCGCUCAACGUCGGUUCCGCGCUCCUCAUCGGCUUCACGUUCUUCAAGGCCAAGACGACCAUCCAGGGCAGCCAGAACCAUCUCUUCUCGAUCUUCAUGUCCUUGAUACUGUCUGUCCCCCUCUCGAACCAGCUUCAGGUGCCCUUCAUCGACAUCCGCAAGAUCUACGAAGUGCGCGAGCAGCACAGCCGGAUGUACAGCUGGACCGCACUCGUGACAUCUCAAAUCCUAAUCGAGGUCCCAUGGAACAUGCUGGGCACGUCGCUGUACUUCCUCUGCUGGUACUGGACCGUCGGCUUCCCCACAGAUCGGGCAGGCUUCACCUACCUCUUCAUGGGAGUCAUCUUCCCGCUCUACUAUACUACUAUCGGCCAGGCCGUCGCUGCGAUGGCGCCCUCUGCCGAGAUCGCAGCCCUUCUUUUCUCGUUCCUCUUCUCUUUCGUGCUUACUUUCAACGGUGUCUUGCAACCAUUCAGGCUGCUCGGCUGGUGGAAGUGGAUGUAUCACCUGUCGCCGUUCACGUACCUUGUGGAGGGUCUUCUGGGUCAGGCACUGGGUCAUCUGCCCAUCCACUGCUCGGACAUCGAACUCGUACAGAUCACGCCGCCCUCCGGGCAGACUUGCCAGCAAUACAUGGGUCCGUACAUCUCGGCGAACGGCGGGUACAUCACGAACCCGAACGCGACCGACAGCUGCAGUUUCUGCCAGUUCGAUUCCACGGACGGCUUCCUCGAGGGCAAUUUCAACGUCUACUACUCGCAUCAUUGGCGUAACCUCGGUAUCUUCCUUGCUUUCAUUUGCUUCAACGUCUUCGCUAUCUACCUGUUUACAUUCAUCUUCCGGAUACGCAAGGGUGCUAUCUUCACUCGCAGGAAAUAA